AUGCGUCGCUCGCCAAGUUCAACACAAUGGCGCUCCAUUCUCCGCUGCCGGUCAACCUUCCCUGGCCCAGCUACCUCACCGUUCCAGCGCCGCCGUAACCUCGUAACCCUCGCAAUCGAAACAUCAUGCGACGACACCUGCGUUGCAACCCUCUCCAAAAACCCCGAAACCCACCGCGCAACACUCCACUUCAACGGCAAGAGGACAUCAGACAACCGUGCCUUUGGCGGCGUCUACCCGCCCGUCGCCCUCCGCGGCCAUGAUGCCUCUCUCGCGCCCCUCAUCGCAGAAUCCCUCUCGUCGCUACCAGCAGCAGAUCGUCCUACAGCCGGCCCCGCGACAACCGCCAGCAACAAGACGAUAACGGUAUCCGGCGUCGCCCGGAGGAAACCCGACUUUGUGACGGUCACCCGCGGCCCGGGCAUGUCCGCGAAUCUCGCAUCAGGGCUCGCGACGGCAAAGGGUCUCGCAGCAGCAUGGCAGGUCCCGCUGCUUGCCGUGAACCACAUGCAGGCACACGCCCUCACGCCGCGGCUCGUCUCUGCCCUUGAGGCCCGCGACGAGAACGAAUCCGUGAACCGAACAGACAUCGACGGUCACCACCGCCACUACCCUGAAUUCCCAUUCCUCACGCUACUGGUCUCGGGCGGACACACGCAACUAGUCCACUCCCGUUCCUUGACAGACCACCGCAUCCUCGCGGCGUCAGACAACAUCGCAGUCGGCGACGCCCUGGACAAAGCGGCACGGCACAUAUUGCCCCCGGACAUGGUUUCCUCGCACACGGACGUGAUGUACGGCGCUCUGCUGGAACGCUUCGCAUUCCCAGACUCCUUCCCCUCUGAAGGACAAAGUCAGGACCCCUCCCAAGACUGCUACGAAUAUACCCCGCCGGCCCGCCGUGCCGACGAAGUAGCACCUUACAUCGCUCCGUCCCCUUACUCAUGGACCCUCACACCGCCGCUGGCCACCUCCCGCGCCUUGUCAUAUAACUUCACCGGCGUAGGCAGCGAAAUCCGGAGGAUAGCAGAGACAAGAGGAGGACCAGACAUGACGGUCCAAGAACGCCGCGUACUGGCGCGCGCGGCAAUGCGUCUGCUGUUCGAGCACCUAGCCAGCCGCGUCUUCCUCGUCCUCGCCGCGGAGCCAGAGCUCAAGGCGGCGCUGAAGACGCUGGUCGUCAGCGGCGGCGUCGCGAGCAACCGUUUCCUGAUGCACGUCCUGCGUGGCAUCCUCAAUGUCCGCGGAUUCGGGCACGUCGAGCUCGCGGCGCCGCCGCCGGCGCUGUGCACCGACAACGCAGCCAUGAUCGCUUGGACCGGCAUGGAGAUGUACGAGGCCGGUUGGGAGAGCGACAUGUCUGUUUCCGUUAUGAAAAAGUGGUCUAUCGACCCGGCCAGUGACGAGGGUGGCAUCCUCGGAAUUGACGGCUGGCUGAGAAGGGAUAGAUAG